AAUCCUGCCCCGGGGAUGCGUUUUGGGGAUUUGUUCCCCCAGCGGUGAGUUGGCCUCGGCCGGGGGGGCAGAGCAUCCUCUCCGCAUCGCGCUGCGACGCCCCAUCCUUGCGGCCACCCCUCCUCUCUUCUCCCCUUCUUUCCUCCCUCCUCCUCCUCUCCCUUCCUCUCCCCUCCUUCCCUCUCCCCUCCCGCCGGCACUAAUGCUGAACGCCUGCGGGAGGUCACGUGCCCGCUCUCCUCACCAGGAGCAGAGUUUCACCCUCAGCAUCCCGGUUUGUGUCCCCAGCAUCUCUGCCUCUCAUCCCAGCAACCUGCAUCUUCUGCCGGACACGAAGCUGCACAAAGCGCCUUCCCUUUUUUAGGACUGUUUCCAGUUAAGAUAGGCCCCCAAGUUAAGUUUGUUGCAACCUCUUCCCCCUAAACAAACCAAAACAUCUUAGUUCCUCAUUCCAUUUGUGUCUCACUUAUAGUGACUUACUAUGUCUUACUAUGACUAAAGACAGUGUUGAUUCAAUAUUAUUCGUAUUAUUUUUUUACAAAUGAACCUUUUUUUUUCUUUUUUGGUCAGCUUUAAUUUUUCCUCACUGUCAUUGUCACCCUGGAAAUUGUUCUUGAGGACCAGAAACAGAAAUUAGUUGGCUCCCCUUAGUUGGGAGCCAGGGUUUGAGCAGAGGUGAAAUGGAAUAUUUUGCAUCCAUUGCACAAGAAAAGAGAAAUAACUUCCAGCAUGGAAGGCAUGUGAAAUUACCAAAAAAAACCCACCAACCCAGCCCUAAAAAUAUGUAUGGUUUUGUGGAACACAGGUUUUAGUGAGACUGAUUUGAAAACACGCCAUCUUAUGUCCAUGGAGAAUUGUUUCAUAAGUUCUACCACAGCAAUUUUAGAAAAUUUAUUAAAUCAUAAUCAGCAGUCAUACUCACUGGCAGGGGAGUUGUGGCAGAACACUUCAGGUUUUAAAAGCAGAUUUUCAUUGCUUCAAUUUUAGUCUCAGAAAGUUAAAACAUUUUUUGAUUGCUGAUCACUUUUUGGAAAUACAUAGUAGAAAAUUACAUAUAGCAAUACCCAUGCUGUUAUAAAUACUACAGAUGUUAAUAGCAUUAUAGCACAAGCAUAGUAAAGGUGUUUUUAACAUAAAAGCACUGUCAUAAAAUAAUUCACUUUGUACACCAGGGAGGCUACACUGACUAGUGAAUUUACCGCAUCUUUUCCUGUCUGUAACAGCUAGCAAUAGCAGCCCUGCUGUCAAAGAUUAGAGUUCAGUGUCAAAUUCACUUUGAAUAUAAACAAGAUUUGACUGUUUAACUCCUCAUACUUUGAAAAUCAGAGCUGUUAGCUACGCCCAGCUAAAUGCACCUCGACCUGUGCUCCUGUCCAAUAUGCUAUUUGAGUUUGAAUUCUUUAUAUUUUUAAUAGAUUCACAAAUUACUCAGUCACAGGAAUCAUUAGAGAACUGCAGGUUUGUUGGGUGAUACUUUCUACUUGGAGACAAGGCAAAAACAAGUAACAUAUUUUUGCUUGUAUUCCUUUAUUGAAAUCUUUAAGACGUUGACUUACAAGUAUUAUAUCUCAUGCUUGUAGCUCUUAAGAAUCUGAAUCACAGGCCAGGAUUUCCUUGGGCUGCAAAAUGUACAGGCAUUAGACAAAAAAAUGGCAUCCCCUUCUCCACUUCCUCUUAUUCUAUAAUACUUAAAGAAAUUGCUAGUGCACUAGAGUAUUAGCAGACAGUACAGAGAGAAUAAAGGUAGAAAGGGGUUAUGAACACAUACUAAGAUUUUUUCUUAAGCCUUAUACCAGGCUUUUACUAAGAGUUUUCCCACAUGACAUAGCCCUGCUUUUUCAAGUGACAUUCUCAGAAUUUAAUUAUAAAAUCUGUGUUUUAAUUCUUAACAACUGGCCUGACUGAAUCAACCCCUCUUGCAUUCAUUUCAUGAUUCAUUGUUGACUUUAUUGCCAUAAUCCCAAGGAAUUCCAUUGAAGGUCCAAGAUCCCAAAGCAGAGGUCUGUGUAUAAACCUAGAGCAAAAAAAAACAAGUCUUACUCCAAAGGGAUAAGAUUCUAAAUAAGAUGAGAGAACAGACAGGUAUAGAGAGAGAUUAGCAGAUGAAAGGUCAAGGAAAUAAUAAUGCCAAAGUGUGCAUAUAACAUGUUGGCCCAUUACCUUUAAAGACAUCUCAAAUGAAUUAAAAUCUCAUUCAGUACUGCAAUUAGAAAUCACCAAGGUAAUUAUGUGUGACAGGAUGUGAUUUUGCACUCAUUACUUACGGACAGUCUUUGACACCUGAUCACCUGAACCGUGUCAGUAAAUCUUUGCAUAAGUAUGUGGCCCAAAUUCACAUUUGUGCAUGACAAACAAGUAGCUGCAUGUAUAAAUUCCUUAACACCUUCUUGAUUCCACAAGAACAAUUUUCAAGUGCACAGGAAAGUCCAAGUUUCAAUUGGACGAGAAAAAAAAAAAAAAGGAUUAAUAGGGAUUGUGAUAAUGUUCAGCAAUGCAUUGAUUUAUUCUGGGUGAUCGUGGUGUCUCAAGGAAAAGGAUUUUCAUGAUAAAGUAAAAUUCUGUAGCUCUGUAAAAGAAACUGACUUGUUUCCCUUCAAAUGAACCCAGUCAAAUGGUUGCAGGGAGCGGCAGAGCAGAAAGGAAUGAAACAAGUUCAGCAAGUUAAACUAUCAGGCGCUGGAGCAUGUCAAUGCCCGGCUCCUUGAGCUGUACCCUGAUGAUGAAGAACGAUUUGAUAUUGUUCUGAUGACUAAUAACCAUGCCCAAGUAGGGGUGAGACUCAUAAACAGCAUCAAUCACUAUGGUUUAACAAUUGAACGUUUCUGUAUGACGGGAGGAAAAAGCCCUAUUGGUUACCUGAAAGCAUACCUUACGAACUUGUACCUCUCGGCAGACUCUGAAAAAGUGCAAGAAGCCAUAGAAGCAGGCAUCGCGUCGGCUACGAUGUUCACUGCCAACAAAGACGUCGCUUACUCGGACACACAGCUGAGGGUGGCAUUCGAUGGGGAUGCUGUUCUCUUUUCUGACGAAUCAGAGCAGAUUGUUAAAGAGCAAGGAUUAGACAGAUUUUUUGAACAUGAACAGCUAAAUGAAAAUAAGCCUCUUGCACAGGGUCCUUUGAAAGGUUUUCUGGAAGACCUAGGGAAACUCCAGAAGAAGUUCUAUGCAAAAAACGAACGAUUAAAUUGUCCUAUAAGGACCUUCCUGGUCACAGCCAGAAGUGCGGCAAGCUCUGGAGCCAGAGUGCUGAAGACUCUUCGUAGCUGGGGUCUGGAGAUCGAUGAGGCGCUUUUCCUAGCAGGAGCUCCUAAAGGACCAAUCCUGGUGAAAAUUCGCCCUCACAUCUUCUUUGAUGACCAGAUGUUUCACAUCGAAGGAGCACAGAAAUUAGGCACCAUAGCUGCACACGUGCCCUACGGCGUUGCUCAGAAAUACCACAAAUCUGCAUGACUGGAUGGCACCACUAACGAUAAGGUUCUUAAGUCAGCCAGCCUCUAAUAUACCAAUAGUUAUGUCUGAAAACCUCUACAUUUGUUUAUUGUAAGCACUAUGUUUAAAGAUUUAACUUCUGGCUAGUACAGCCUUUAAUGGAAAUAUUUUUAAUAUAGGUAAGUUUUUCAUAGAGUUAUUUUAAUAGUAUUUUUAAGCAGUCUAGGUUUUUUACCCAUCUGGAUCUAACACUGUGUUUGAUAUUAUGAAAAGAUUUGUACUGUUUUUAUGGCUUGAGACAUAUUUUGAGAGACAGAGAGAACAGUUAUAUUUUCUCUAAAAAACUGUUGACGGGUUAUUUAUAACAAAAAUCAUGCUGCAAUGCUAGUCCUUGACAGUUAUUUCUGAAAUUACCGAAAGCACAGUUUACAUAUAAGUGUUAACCUCUUGGUGGUUUGCUUGUUAAGUUCAGUAGGUUUGUUGUCACAAGGUUUUAGCUUCCAGUGAAACGUUAGCUUAUUUGAUCUUGUGUUUACAGGAACCCUUUAUUUUUCUAUAUUGUUUUCCUAUUCUAAUAAAGCUGGCUUUACAGAA